UACACUACCUUUCUACCUUUCUCCACUCAGUGAACGGUGGAUGUGACCUUUGUGUGCAUGUCGGACAUUUGAGGAUCAGCGUGGAGUCUGGUUUUUAUUUUUAAUUCAUACUUUAAUGAGGAUCAGUGCGUGUCCACGUCUCCAAAACGCGCCGCCUAAAGGAUGAGGAAGGAGCUUCAGUUCAGGUGACACAAGCUGCAGCCUGUUGAUCAGACUUGUCUUUUAUUUCACAACGAGGGCGUGAGGAGCCAGUCUGAAAGAUGACUUGGUUCUUCUUGCUGACGUCCUUCUCCACCCUGCAGCUCAUCCACACGAGGCCAGCAGAGAUCUGGCUCUCCACCAGACCCAACUGACCAACUAUCUCCACACCUGUCACAGACACAGAGGGGAGGCAACAUGCCGGUGGCCCGCAAGAAGAGGGUGCUCUGCGUGAUGAUGAUGCUCAACAUCUUCAUCUGCGUCCUGGUGGGCGUGUCGUGGAACCUUGGGCGUGACAAAAGUGGCCAUCAGAAGGUUCAAAUCCCACUCAAGAGGUUCUGGCACCAGCCGGUUCUGAGCAAAUCCUUCUGGAACAGGGAGCAGCAGCGUCUGGACUUUAUUUACAACCCUAUCGUCAACUUUUUGCUCUCCAGCGACCCUCUCAUCGAGCUUCCUGAUUGGCUGAACGAAACCAGGCCGCUCAACCCCUGUGAACCAGACCACAGAGUCUCCACACAAAUCCCUGACUACAACACUCUGCCGCAGCCCUUCCAGGAUUUUCUUUUGCACAUGCGCUGCAGGACGUACCCCAUGCUGAUAAAUCAGCCCCAUAUUUGUGAUGAGAAACCCUUCCUGCUGCUGGCGGUCAAGUCACUGAUCCCACAUUUUGACCGGCGACAAGCUAUCCGAGAAACGUGGGGUCGAGCAGGCAUAGUAACCAAUCGGACCGUGGUGACGGUGUUCCUGCUGGGCAACACCUUGUCAGUAGACCACUUCCCAGACAUGCUGGGGAUGCUGGGCCACGAGGCAAAGCUUCACAAUGACAUCCUCCAAUGGGACUACAGGGACAGCUUCUACAACCUUACCCUGAAAGAGGUCCUCUUCCUGGAGUGGUUCAGCCAAAACUGUCCCCAUGCCCAGUACGUCCUCAAGGGUGAUGAUGAUGUCUUCGUCAACACCUUACGAAUUAUUGACCUCCUGGAAGGUCUGUCAGACAAGAAGGCCAAGGAUUUGUUCAUAGGGGAUGUUAUCAGUAACGCCGGUCCACACCGAGACAAAAAACUCAAGUACUUUGUCCCAGAGAGUGUGUUUGUGGGGCGGUACCCACCUUACGCAGGAGGCGGAGGAUAUCUGUACUCUGGGGAGUUAGCGCUACGUCUUUACAAUGUAUCCCAGCAGGUGGUUUUAUAUCCCAUUGACGAUGUUUACACAGGGAUGUGUCUGGAAAAGCUGGGGCUGGUUCCUGAGGAUCACAGUGGCUUCAGGACUUUUGACAUUGAGGAGAAGCAAAGGACCAACCCCUGCAUCCACAGGGGCCUGAUCCUGGUUCACAGCCGGACGCCACAGGAGAUGUUAACGAUCUGGCCGUGGAUCAUCCAUCCUGAGCUCAACUGCCAAUGAACACGUUCAUCUUUGUUUCAUCUUUUUAUUAUGUUAAGUCCUCACGUCCUCUGAGUUUUAUUCUAAAGUCACCAAAGUAAUUUACUGACUGUUUUCAAGGCAACUUUGUCUGCUGUUUUCUUUUCCACCAGCUGAAUUAUAUUCAUGUUAAAGAAAACGUUUGAUGAAUGAGCUCUCUGACACAAAUUUUGCAUGCAUGCUAACUGCACACAAACAAAUGCAAUGUGAUCACACAGAAAUACCUGACGAGCCGUGAACACAGGAGAGGUUAGGGAUACAGGGAACUAGCAUCAUCAGAGGGGUGACAGAGAAGUUUGGGCCAUCUUAUCUCGUCAUGAAAGUCAAGAAAGGCAAUCGCUGAUAUAAGACGGUGCUAGAUUAUUUAAGGCUUUAUAAAUGAGUAAAAGACCUUUAAAUCAAUUCCAAAAGAAACAGGCAACCAGUGCAAUGAUGCGAGCUGAGGGCUAAUGUGAUCUCUAUUUUUUCAUAUUUGUUAAAAUCCUGGCUGCAGCGUUCUGAAUAACUUGUAGUUUUUUCAAAGACUUUUUAGGGAGACCAGUAAAAAGGAAGUUGCAGAUAAAAGCAUUUAUAAGUGUUCCAGCAUUGUUCUGAGUUUAAAAAAAGGUCUAAUUUUGGCAGUGUUUCUGAGGUGAAAAAAAUAUGUUUUUGCAACUCUGUUAAAAUGGCUAAUAAAAUUAAGAUCAGAGUCUAAAAUCACACUCAGGUUUGUGACAUGUGAUUUAAUCUGCUGGGACAGACUGCCAAACUUUGACUGAAGUUUCUGCCUUUCUUCUGGUAGACCAACAAGUAAAAUCUCUGUUUUCUGCUCGUGUAGUUUUAAAAAAAAAAAAAAAAAUGUAUUCAUCCAAAUGUGCAAAGGUGCGGACACAACAAACCGACAUCAAAGAACUAGCGGCGACGAAAGCCAACUGUUGCGUCGUCUACGUCGCCUCACAUCGUCUCACAUCGUCGCCCUGUGUCAGUUGCAUUUGAACACGCUGCAAAGACUACAUCCGACGGCCAAGUAGCACGUACGUUCUGCGCCUGCAUGAGAGAGAGCAGAGUGAGAGAGUGGUGCAUCUUGUCAGCCGAGGGGUUUUCUAUCUGUGCAGCCGAGCACCGCAGCACCUUCCCACAAGUGCUUCUUCCCGCUUUAACCUGAAUAACAAACCAGGGCUUGGUGCUCCAGUUGGAUCCAAACGGAGAGCCGGGGCUAGCUGGGAGGCUAACUGGCUUUGUUUCCCUACAGUCAUGCUGCGGCUAACGCUCCGCUAGUUGCUCCCAGCUAGCUCCGGUUUGUUAUUCAGGUUAAAGUGUGAAGAAGCAGCGGAUCUGACGGGCAGCUGAGUGAAGUGGAGCCUGAGGAGGAAGCACUGGUUAGCCCAGGAUUCACUACAGGCAGAUUCACUCGCUACAUCGGCUGACACCGAAGUGCCGACAGUGUGGGACACACCGCAAAAACUAGGGCGACAGAUGCUCACCGACGGCCCGACUUUGGUCGACGGCUGACCGUCGGCUUGGUGUGUCAGGGCCUUAAGACAGGAAAAAAGAGCGUUUAAAGAACUGGGGUCUCCUGAUGAAAUGGAGAUAUAUGAUUGCAUAUUAUCUGUAUAACAAUGAUAAUGGACAUUAUGAUGGCUAAUUAUUUUACCUAGAGGGAGCAUAUAUAAAGAAAAGAGGACCAAGGAUGCUCCCCUGAGGUACACCAUACUCAACAUCAAAUGUCUGUGAUACAAAAUCACUGAGGCUAACAAAGAAUUUCCUGUCAGACAAGUAAGAACAAAACCAGUCAAACACAAUGGUAAAUAAGAAUCAGUAAGAUAUGAUCAAGUGGUGAUUUUUCUCUGGGACGUCAGUGGCUUAGCGGAUAGAGCAGGCGCCCCAUGUACAAGGCUGUUGCCACAGUGGCCUGGGUUUGACUCCAACCUGUGGCCCUUUGCUGCAUGUCAUUACCCCUCUCUUUCUCUCCCCCCUGCUCAACUGUCCUAUCUAUAAAGGCAAAAAUGCCCCAAAAAAUAUCUUUAAAACAAAAGUGGUGAUUUUAUCGCAGCAUAUCUGAAAGCAGAGAGAAAACGGAGAGGGAAAAAGGGUAGGGAAAAAAUGAGUGAAAAAGAACUCCGGAGGUGUAAAAAGGUGUCAGGAAGUCUUUUUGUUCUGUUUCUGGAUUCAGGGAUGUGGCUGGAGUCCAGGCUGCUGUUGUGUUGAGCUUGACCGUGCCAAGACCUCUCAUGUCGUGGUAAUAGUGGCAGGACAGCGGUGACAGCAAGCAGCAUAACUAAAAACAGUCUGGCAGAUCAAAAAAUUACAGAAGUUUCAAAAGUUUACAAAGGUGCUGGAGAUUUAAAAACGUGAAUAAAAUGUGAUGAAUUGACUAUUCAGGUCUCAACUCUGAGGUUUAAAAAAAGGCACUGUUAAGCUGCUGAUUGUCCCAACCGACCCCGCUCUCCCCUAUAGUAUAAUAUAUAAUAGUAAUAGAAGUGUUGUUUAAUGAUAAAAGUAUUUGGUAUGUAUUUAAAGUUUGGUCCAAACUGUAGCAAGAGAGACAGAAGACAAUUGGAGCUGUAAAGUAAAACAACUAUUUCAGUACGACAACGACCAAAAUUACACAAAACAAGGACAUAAUUACAGUUAUUACAUUUCUACAUUAAUUAUGAAACACUCAGUGUUCAUUGUUUUAAAAAUCCCAGCUGUGACGUUGCAGCUGUUUCUGGGCACUCACCCUGUGUAUUUGGAUGUGUAUUUACAGAGAUUCACAUGAAACAGAUUCGUCAGGGUCCAUCGUGUCCUCUGCUCUGCUGUUUGGAAAUCAUUGUGGUCAUUACAAGUCUUUCCCCAUUUGUAAGAAUAAAUUAAAUAUCCCCUGUGUUUGUGUUUUGAAUGUAUUUUUGUCUUUUAUAAAUGAAAAAGUUUUGAUAAAGAUUAAAUAGA